UCGCUAGAUGGCUUUUCGUAACACAAGAGACCACGUUGUUUCGUCUGCUAAGCAAAAGUAGACAUUCCAAAUUAUUUUUUGGAGAAUAUUUAAAUCUAUUAUACAGCCAAGAUGUCAUCUUGGACUGCAUUAAGAAGUCUUGCUCAAAUUGGCAGUGUUUACAUCGGAAGCCGGUGUAUGGUUCAACAGCAACAGAGAUUCGUUUGCAAUUUAACACUCCCCUCUUCGCUAUUAGUCUCCCGUGUGCCAUUAUUAAAUCAGAAAAGAUAUGCAGCAAGAAAAGGAACAAGAGAUCGUAAAACCAAAAAGACUUCAAAGGCUGAAAAGGCGAAGAAGGAAGAAUUUGUCCCCUACAAAUUAAAGAUGGCCAAAGCCAGUGGGCCAGUUGGUCCACGACGAAUGAUUGAACUGAACAAGCCAGAAGCUAUUGAUGAUGUCUUUUUUACAAGACACUUCAUGACAAGGCCCAUAAGUCUUGCGGAAGCAGUGCAAUUCCACCGUGAAACGAAUCACCCCUCUGUUUAUAACAGCCCUGAAGCAUUGAUUAGCAUGAAAGUAGAACUUGAUAUGCAACUUCAAAAGAAGAAUCGGUAUAUGGACAAUUUUUCCAGAAUUGUGGUUUUGCCCCACAGUUUUGACUUUCAACCCAUACGUAAAGUACUAGCAUUUUGCAAAACUCAAGAAACGCAGGACGAAGCUGUCAAAGCUGGAGCCGAUGCCGUCGGCGGUUUGGAUCUCAUUAAACGCAUACAGUCUGGAGAAGUGCCUCUCACAGAUUACGACUAUUUUAUCGCCCACACUAAUAUGAUGGCUGAUGUUCUUCCAUUAAGAGGACUAUUGAAAAGGAAACUGCCCAACGUGAAAAAUGGCUCCAUUGGCAUUAACAUGACCAAGAUGGUUGAAAUCUUCUCGAAAGGCCUCGAAUUCUCCAGUACGAAAGACGACAAUGAGCUGGAUUAUGGUUUAGUUGAUAUCCCUUUUGGAAACUUGACCAUGCCGACGGAGGAGCUGGAGGCGAAUUUCUCCGCCAUCCUGAAGGACAUUGAAUCUUGUCGCGCCAAACCAUUCGGAGCUUUCAUUACCCGCUGCUACGUGCUUUCUCCUCCGUCUCCCGAACGCUUUGUCGUCACCACGGAGCCUUACGUGAAGAGUAAGAAAGCGGCUGAAUCUUCAUCUUCGUCCUCAUCUGAUGAUGACGACAGCGACGACGAGAAAGAAAAAGAUUCGGAUCCCCGAAACCAAAACCGAGCUGUUCGGCAGUAGAAAGGCUCCCCCAAUAAGUAUUGAAUAAUGAAGCCAAGGAACGGAGAACUGAUGGUACCCUUUACUUGAAAAUACAUCUUAGUCAUUCAGUUGAUGAUA